AUGCCUUAAUUGACAAAAUAAUUACCUACUAAUAUAUUACAAAUAGAUGAUAAGGAUUCAUUGGAAUUAACUAUACCCGAUGCCCCUUAUCCUCCCCCCUAGCCUAAUAAUUUAUAUGAACCUUAUUAUGAUAAAUAAUAAUAGGAGAACACAAUUUAAACACCUUAAGAUAAUCGAUAAGUAAUAGAAAAAUAUUAUGAAAAUGAGAAUGGGAAGAAAUAUUAAUUUAUUGUGUAAAAAAUAGAAAUUACUAAGGCAGAAGAAGGUAAAUUUCGAAUAAAAUCAAUGCAAAAUAAAUUAGAUGAAUAUUUAAUAUCAAAAUCGCUUAAUCAAUCAUUAAAUCCUAUCUACUAACAUGAUUUUUCUUUUUUUCCAAUUAAUUUAAGAAAUGCUCAUUGGAUAAGUAUAAUCAUUGACCCAAAAAAAGAAAUAAUUCUCUAUUAGGAUUCUGCAUAUGCAGCGAUGUCCCAAGACAUUAAGGAAGGAAUUUCAAAGAUUAUAGAUUACAAAAAACCUAGCAAAAUACAAUGGAAACUUUAAACAAAAAGUCCACAAUAGAAAACAUCACAAGAUUGUGGAAUUUUUGUUCUCUAUGCUUUGUUUAUUUUGUUCACCGAAGGUCAAUUGGUUCAAGAAAAAUAAUAUGAUUAAACUUAUAUAAGCAUGGUGAGACAAAAUCUUUUCUAGUUAACUGUAAAAGAAGCAGAAUCCGAUUUGAAUCCUGAAUUAGUUGAAAGAAUUGUCAGGGGUUGCUGA